CGCUGCACUGCGAGUCCAAACAACUUUUCCAGAGGAACUCCUCACCACAACGCGUCCAACCGUCUAUCAAAGUGUCGAGAUUGAACAAAGUAGCCGAAGACCCCAGCCUUAAACGCGACGAGGAAUUAUCGUAACGAAGAAUUUAGCUUUUUCAGUGUAUAUAAUUAGUUUUGUUUAACUUAAUAUAUAUAUUUCCCCUUUACAACUGUCGUCUCUUUUCGGAAGUUAAAAUGAGAAAUAUGUGGUUGUUGUUUCUCGUUGGACUGGCGACUGGGUUUAUCAGUGAAAAACUGCUGGUAUCGUCCCAAACACCGUUCUCCACGACAGAGGACAUGUACCUAGAGGGCCGGACGUCAGGUGACCUCCCCAUAGAUGAUGAGGAUGGUGAAGACGGCUCGGGCUCUGGAUCCGGAGACUACGCUUUCACAGAUAAAGAGGAGAUGAUCAGGAGGUUCCUCAACUUCUCCGAGACCACAGUUUCCAAAGAAAUGGUUCCAACUCGACCACAGCCAACAUCAGACUCUCCUCACAAGCCAUCGACCACAGCAGCAGACGGUCAGGAUGCAACGACAGAAGAGAAGGACACGGAGACAACGCCAUUCACCUCAUAUAAUGGGGACAAGAGUGACGAGGAGGUGGCAGGUCCAACUGCUGAUUGGUUCACACAGAUGACCAGCUCCACCAACAUGCCUACCACUAAAAAUACUGACACCGAAUUCGGCAUGGAUAUCACUGUAAUCAAAGAUAUCAGCGAGGACAACAGUCUGGACAGCUUGGAUGACUCAGCAACGAAAAACCGUGAUGAUGAAGUCCUGAUCGGACAGGACGAAAACGAGAUUGUGCCAAAUAAUGGCCGAGGCAGCAGAAUGUAUGACAUGGAGGCUCCUGAAGAGGUGACCUCUGAGAACAUGUGGGAGAGGACGGAGGUGCUGGCAGCGGUUAUAGCAUGCGGAGUAGUUGGAUUCCUCUUUGCUGUUUUCCUCCUCCUCCUCCUCGCCUACCGUAUGAAGAAGAAGGACGAAGGAAGCUACGCCCUGGGGGACAACAAAGUUUCAACAACAGCCUAUCACAAAGCGUCUACCAAGGAGUUCUACGCCUAAACAGACCAAUAAAGACUUUCAAUGGAGUCUGACUCCUCUCAAUCAGGACUCAAAUGGACCUUUAGACGACUGAAGAUGAAGUCAAGUUCCUCUGUUUUUCUUCAGCGCUACCAACAUUUCCCUGCAUAUUUCCUACCUUUCCCCUCUGCUACCGUUUCACAUGUCGCCAUAUGAUGUUCAGUGUUGGUCAAGAAGAGCUCAUAAGGGAAGAAAUAAGACUUACAAAACAUUCCCUUCAUUCCAUUCUGGAGAAAGAUUGAAUGCACAUCCUCAAUUUCAGUGGAGAAAUAGUUUGCAUAUCACAAUACGUCACAACUGUUCUAGUCUAGGAAGGUAAUUCUCUGAAAACACUGGGCUUUUAGACAUUACUUCUGUUAGCUGAACCACAGUGGGCUGGGCUUUGUUCUGCACAUAGAUCAGUUGUUCCCUUCACAGAGCUACAGCCUGAACUGUCCCGGAUCAGCUUGCCAACCUUUAGGAAGUAAAUAGAAUAGCCUUCACGCAUUUUGAAUGCCGUUAAAUAAAAUGGUACUAUAUAUCGGAAUAUUAUUACAAGGGGCCUUAAAAAAUGUAAACCCUUCUUCCUCUUUUUUAGGUCAAAUCUUCGGUGUUGACAUUUUCAUUAUUACAUUUCAUCUUCUGUACGCUUUCUUUGCUGAAUUCUAUUUUUAUUUUAUUUUUAUUGUUUUGAGGAAUUAAUGUUUUUUUUUGUUGUUAUAUGCUGUCCAGUAUUGGUAUGAGAGAUUGUGUUACUCUGUAGGUACAUCUUUUUGUUGUUUCCUCACAGAUAUUUGACACUUAGACAUGACCAAAUAUAAAUAUGCUUUAUUUGUCUUUUGGAAAAAUAUUUUUUAUUAGCUUUUCCCACGUGUUUGAUGUUUAAAGAUUAUAUUUCUAUAAGCCAUUUUUAAAGGAGACUUUAGUAUUUCGUUGUAUUCAUACAGUGAUAGCCUUAUGUAUGCCUUCAACCAUUAGAUUUAUUUUCAGGACUAUCUUUUUGGUGAUUGCUAAGGCAGAGCCAAGGCUGAUUACUAUAAUUCAGGUGUAGAAGUGACCAAUGAUUUCUGAAGUGGCAAAAGCACAUUCCUCUGUGACUGUCAACUGUACAGCUUCAACAGCAGCUAUGAAAACAGUGACAACGUUACUGACAGUUAUUUAUUUACUUAAUUUUACAUAAGUUAUAAUAUGAGAGUGUCAGGUUUUCUAAUUAUGAAUCUUUACCUCAACUAGCCAACCAAAGGAGAAUGACACAUAAUUCUUACUUGUAUACAGCGUUUUUCAUUUGUUUACAUCAGCCCUCGUUGAAGUUUAUCAUCAGCCAGCUACCUUAUGUGUCAAAGAGCAAACCUUUUCACAUAGUCUCUUAUGGCAAAGGUCUUGAAGUAGUCAUAUCUUUGGCUUUAUAAUCUUUGGAAAAAGUCAAAUAAUUUUUGUAACCACCUUUGGUCAUCCAAAUGACUGAUCAGUGAUCUAUAGAUACAAAGUCUGGAUUAAGUUGUAAACUAUGAGACUUUGUUGAUUUUGAGGUUAAAGUCAAAGUUGUAGUGGUGUUUUUUUUUGUCCGUUAAAAGUUUGAUUGUCUUUAUUAGGCCAUCUAACGUCGGUAAAAGUGAUUGCGGUUACAUUUAUUUGUUGUCCUAUAGCCCUACUUAUUAGUGUUUACAUGAUAUACUUUGCCAUAAUAGAACACAUUAUUUUAAAGUAAUAAUAGAUUUUCCAAACGCAAACGGCUGGAAUAAAACAAGACUUCUUAUAACUAUCCCACUAUGACUUACUGUUGGUAACAUGAUACGUGAGGCACUUGAACUCUCACAACACAUUUUUCUAUACAUUUUAUCAGUUGUUUUGAACGAGCUGCGCAGAACCUCAACUGGAUUUCAGGAUAAAGGGACAUUUUGGACAUCCAUACCAUCAGAAAUAUCAGAAAGAUGUCUGAUAUAGACCCUACUCCUACAGAGUUAUAACAGUUAUAACUUUCUAGCAAUCAACAGGUGAUUACAUACAAUAACCUUUUUCUGUUUGGGGUCUCUGUAAGUGUAUACAGUAUGCUGAUGAUACUAUAAUUGAUAUGUAUUAAUUUAUACUUGCUUAAACUAUAAUCCAGGUUCAUUAUGUCAGUGAUACAUUUAAAAUUGUACCGUUUUUACUCAUUCCCAAGCCUCUUUGUGCCUACUGCUCAGUUUUGUUUUCAAAUAUUUGUAGUGUAUUUGACAAACAAUUCAAUGUUAUUAUCAAAUGUCUAUGUUUUAUUUGGAUAUGUUUUUUAUAUGGAUAAUUUUUAGUAGAAUAAUAACUUACUUGUAAAUAUAUUGAAGCUUUAAUUGUCAUGGUAAUCAAAGUUGAUAAUGAAUUAGCUGAAUCGUUGAUUUUUAACACAUAAACAUGGAGACCAACCAAAAAUCUAUGCUCGGAUAAGAUAAGCACAUGAUGUGGCCAAUAGAGAAGUAUAUUGCUGACAUUUUGUAUUUUAUGAGGAUCACUACUGCAUAAAAGAUGUGGCUUUAAUACAAUUCUAA